AUGGGUUCAUGCUGGCGUAAGAUUGGCGUCAGAUAUGGUGUUGUGAUGCUAUGCUCCUUUAGGUUGUAUGGGAGAAGGAAGUAUGAUGUUGUGGUAUCGGAUCAGUCUCCAGCUGUCAACGGCAUGUUGCGUUGGCUUGGUUGCCGGGUCGUCUUCUACUGUCAUUUUCCGGACGCGCUGUUGGGGAGCGGUGGGUGGGCCGUGAAUAAGGCGUCGAUAACGGACUCGUCUACGGGGUAUUACUCCGAGUCGCCGGAAGCAAAGUCGGUACUAGAGGGGCACGGAAAAGCCGGGUAUAACUUGCGGCGUGCGUACCGGUGGUGUCUGGAUGGGUUGAACCGUCGGGGCAUGAGGCAUGCAGACUUGUGUGCAUGUAACUCGCGUUUUACAUUGUCCAAGUUCCAUACGGUAUAUGGCAAAGACGUACCCGCACGUGUGUUGUACCCGUGUGUGCCGGAUGACGUUGAGGCCGAACUCAGCCGCGGACCCGGGACCGACAGUGGGGACGGAAAGCGAUGUCCCUACUUGCUCUCGCUGAACCGCUUCGAAGAAAAAAAGCGCCAUGAACGUGCGAUCCGCGCCGUACUCCACGCUCGCCGACAGACCGGCAUCCGACUCCGACUCGUCUGCUGCGGCGGCGCCCAAACGCCUGCCGAGUGGGCGUACCUCCGCAGACUCCAGUCUCUCGCCAACGAGACUGAAGCCAAGACGGAGACCGACACGACCGAGACCGAGACUGAAGCGAGGACAGGAGGUCGAACCUCCAUUGGGACCUCGAUAGAGACUGAAACUGGCAGUUCAGGUGUGAUACAAUUUGUGGUGAAUUGCACAGACGCGGAGAGACGACAGUUAUUGCGACACAGCUGCGGAUUGGUUUACACGCCCAGUGACGAACACUUCGGGAUAGGACCCUUGGAGGCGAUGGCCUUCGGGAAGCCUGUUAUCGCGGUCAACUCCGGCGGCCCGCGCGAAACCGUGCAGCACGGCCUGACUGGCUGGCUCGUCGCCUCGGAGGCCGAAAUGACCCAGGCCGUGGCAACUCUCGACCGCGCUCCCACAGGUACCAUGACCGAACGCUGCCGCACCGCUGCACAGGCCUUUAGCUUCGCCGUCUUCCGCAGAGACAUCAAAACCAUCAUCGAGACCGUAUUUAACGGCGCUCAAUAA